UAAAGAUUUGAAUUAUUUCUAAAAUAACAAGUGGGUCCUCUUCCAAUGUGCAAUUCUUUUAUUAGAUUAGUCCAUUUCUGACAUGGGGAUGUAAGCCUAUGUAAUAAUUUCUCAUGCAAAACAUAUGGUGAGGGAUUGUCGCAGCUAUGUUGGGAUUGGGGUGAUCAAAUGUUAUGUUCCCAAGAAGACCAAAACCAACGGCCUUUCCCUUCUCUCUCCCGCCAAAACCUUCCCUCCCCCAAAUCAAGCAGUCCCAUGCCCGACUCGUCCUCUCGGGCCAUGCUACGGACGCCAAUCUCAUCGGCCGUCUCCUCCUCCUCCUCUCCCUCGCCCCGUCAACCCCGCCGGCUCGCUACCCUCUCUCCGUCUUCCUGUCCCUCCCCCGACCAUCUGUUUUUGCCGCCAAUAACCUGAUCCGCUGCCUCGCUCGCAGUGAAUCCCCCCUCGAGUCGGUCUCCUUUUAUGCAUCGAUUCAUUGGGGCAGCGUCAGCGUAGCACCCAACAAGCAUACAUUCACUUUCCUGCUGCAGGCCUGUGGAAAGGCCCGGGCUUUGGGCGAGGGAAUGCAGGUCCAUGCCCAUGUGGUGAAGCUCGGGUUUCCCAAGGACGUGUUCAUAAGGAACUGUUUGGUCCAUUUCUACUGUGCCUGCUCUAGUACCGAGAGCGCGUGUAAGGUGUUCAAUGAAUCCGGUCAAAGCCGGGACGUUGUGACGUGGAAUGCAAUGAUCACUGGGCUUGCUAGGGAUGGGCAGAUUGAUGUUGCGCAGAAGAUGUUCGAUGAAAUGCCAGAGAGGGAUGUAAUUUCUUGGACGGCGAUGAUCACAGGUUAUGUCCAGAAUGGGAAGCUCGAAGAAGGGCUGCAGUGCUUUAGAAAGAUGAGAGAGAGCGAUCUACUGAGGCCUAAUGAGGCGAUCUUGGUGACAGUCCUCUCGGCCUCAGCUCAGCUGGGUCUGCUCCGGCAGGGCCGUUUGGUUCACUCUAUCAUAGAUUCGUUGAAUUUCCCUAUGACUGUACCACUUGGAACGGCUCUAGUGGACAUGUAUGCGAAAUGCGGGUCCAUCGAGCAUUCGAGAUACGUGUUCGAGCAAAUGAGGAAGAGAAAUAUCUGGACCUGGAAUGCGAUGAUUUGUGGAUUAGCCACUCAUGGACUUGGGAGGGAGGCUCUUGUCCUCUUCGAGAGGUUUCUGGACAAAGGCCUGGAACCAGCAAGUGUGACCUUUGUUGGGGUCUUAAGUGCCUGUAGUCGUUCAGGGUUGGUAGAUGAAGGUAGAAGAUAUUACGAGCUGAUGACGGAAAAAUAUGGGAUCGAGCCCGAGAUGGAGCAUUAUGGUUGCAUGAUCGAUCUUUUGGGUCGUGCUGGACAUAUUCACGAAGCCAUCGGAUUGAUCGAGAGCAUGCAGGUUUCUGCAGACCCCAUCCUGUGGGCUACUUUGCUUGGAGCUUGUAAAGUCCAUGGCUUAGUCGAGUUGGGUGAAGAGAUUGGUAAUAAACUGAUUAACUCGGACCCCAUCCAUAACGGACAUUAUGUGCAAUUAUCCAAUAUAUACGCUAAAGCAAGGAAAUGGGCAGAUGUUGUUAGAGUUAGGGGGCUGAUGAUCGAGCGAAAAGCGAGUAAAACUACCGGGUGGAGCUUAGUUGAAGCUGAAGGGUUAGUCCAUUGGUUUGUUGCGGGAGAUAGAGAACAUGAGCGUUGUUUGGAGAUUUACGAGAUGCUCGAUUGCAUUGAGAGGAGGAUAGUGGAAGCAGGAUACAGACCAGAUACUUCAUCAGUCUUGCACGAUAUCGGGGAGGAAGAGAAGGAAAAUGCCAUCAGGGAGCAUAGUGAGAGGCUGGCAAUUGCCUUUGCUCUGUUGGUAACCAGGGACGGAGAUUGUAUUCGCGUCGUGAAGAAUCUGAGGGUUUGUACAGACUGCCAUGAAGUCACGAAGAUGAUCUCCAAGGUUUUCAUGAGGGAAAUUGUCGUGAGAGAUGGAAGUAGAUUCCACCAUUUUAAGGAGGGCAGGUGCUCUUGUCUUGAUUACUGGUAGGUAUUGGAUACAUUUAGUUGUCUGUCUUGUUAAAUGCAUGUCAACUUUCUUCCCUCAUUGUUCAAGAAUCCGAUUUGUCGGAAAGGUCUGAUAUGGGUGUCUUUAGGCUUUAGCCCAUAAACAUCAUCAUCAUUAUCCAUCGCUUGGAAGAGGUCAUGUCGUUUGUUAAUACUUUAUUUGAUAGCGAGAAAUAUCAAUGACACAUCGAAAGGAGGUUUAUUCAA